AUGGUAUGCGUAUGUCUUACAGUGAGAUGAAAAAAAUCAUCAGGAGAUGGCCUAUUCUUUUGAUGAAGUCACUAAAGUAUAAACCUCUACGGGUCCACUGUCCUCACAUUUAGAUAAAACAAUUCCAAACAGUCCCUUUACAUGUCAGAAUGUUCAAUAAUCUUAAUUUGAAUUUUACCUGUUGUCCGCUGAUUUCGGUCUUCUGCUGGUGGAAUUUGAGACAAAAUAUCCACAGGAAAGUAUUAUUAAACAGACUUCAAAACGCGGGUCUCUGUGUAUGGCUAUCACGAUUUGUUUGCUUAUCACCUAAGGAAUGUGCACAAGACGUAAGUACAUCCACGCGAUGCAUGCAUACUAACCGAAGUCUUGCAGGUGUUUACAUGGUUUUGUGCAUGUGGCAGGUGAUAGAAAUCUCAACUGCAAUAUAGUCACUCUAAAAGGUCGGGUGAAUAAUACUGUCCUGCGGAUAUUUUUUCUCAAAUUUUGACCCGAAUAAGGACCAACCGCACAGACAACCGGUAGAGUAAGUUCAAAUGCAAUUGUAUUCAACAUUCUGGCUUGUAAGGAAACGUCCCAAGUUUUUGCAGCGCUUUAAUUCAGACUGUGUAUGCAGAAAGCUUGCCUGACUCCUCAAACUGAAUUCUUACACUACUCCAUGUUCGCUACAGAAGAAAGUAACGUCCUUGGGCGUGGUGUGGCGUAGCGUUUGGCCGGAGCAAGGAGUUUGGGUAGCCAGGCAAGCAGAAAGCUGGUAUCACAGUCUGAUUUAUUAGGCAACUAAAGUAUAUACAGUUGAAGUUGGAAGUUUACAUACACCUUAGCCAAAUACAUUUAAACUCAGUUUCACAAUUCCUGACAUUUAAUCCUAGUAAAAAUUCCCUGUCUUAGGUUAGUUAGGAUCACCACUUUAUUUUAAGAAUGUGAAAUGUCAGAAUAAUAGUAGAGAAUGAUUUAUUUCAGCUUUUAUUUCUUUCAUCACAUUCCCAGUGGGUCAGAAGUUUACAUACACUCAAUUAGUAUUUGGUAGCAUUGCCUUUAAAUUGUUUAACUUGGGUCAAACGUUUUGGGUAGCCUUCCACAAGCUUCCCACAAUAAGUUGAGUGAAUUUUGGCCCAUUCCUCCUGACAGAGCUGGUGUAACGGAGUCAGGUUUGUAGGCCUCCUUGCUCGCACACGCUUUUUCAGUUCUGCCCACAAAUUUUCUAUAGAAUUGAGGUCAGGGCUUUGUGAUGGCCACUCCAAUACCUUGACUUUGUUGUCCUUAAGCCAUUUUGCCACAACUUUGGAAGUAUGCUUGGGGUCAUUGUCCAUUUGGAAGACCCAUUUGUGACCAAGUUUUAACUUCCUGACUGAUGUUGCUUCAAUAUAUCCACAUAAUUUUCCUUCCUCAUGAUGCCAUCUAUUUUGUGAAGUACACCAGUCAUUCCUGAAGCAAAGCACCCCCACAGCAUGAUUUUGCCACCCCUGUGCUUCACGUUUGGGAUGGUGUUCUUCGGCUUGCAUGCCAUGUGCUGUUGCAAACCGUAGUCUGGCUUUUAUAUGGCGGUUUUGGAGCAGUGGCUUCUUCCUUGCUGAGCGGCCUUUCAGGUUAUGUCGAUAUAGGACUCGUUUUACUGUGGAUGUAGAUACUUUUGUACCUGUUUCCUCCAGCAUCUUCACAAGGUCCUUUGCUGUUGUUCUAGGAUUGAUUUGCACUUUUCGCACCAAAGUACGUUCAUCUCUAGGAGACAGAACGCGUCUCCUUCCUGAGCAGUAUGACGGCUGCGUGGUCCCAUGGUGUUUAUACUUGCAUACUAUUGUUUGUACAGAUUAACGUGGUACCUUCAGGCAUUUGGAAAUUGCUCCCAAGGAUGAACCAGACUUGUGAAGGUCUACAAUAUAUUUUCUGAGGUCUUGGCUGAUUUCUUUUGAUUUUCCCAUGAUGUCAAGCAAAGAGGCACUGAGUUUGAAGGUAGGCCUUGAAAUACAUCCACAGGUACACCUCCAAUUGACUCAAAUGAUGUCAAUUAGCCUAUCAGAAGCUUCUAAAGCCAUUACAUCAUUUUCUGGAAUUUUCCAAGCUGUUUAAAGGCACAGUCAACUUAGUGUAUGUAAACUUCUGACCCACUGGAAUUGUGAUAUAGUGAAAUAAUCUGUCUGUAAACAAUUGUUGGAAAAAUUACUUGGUUGAAAAAUGAGUUUUAAUGACUCCAACCUAAGUGUAUGUAAACUUCCGACUUCAACUGUACUUCUCAACAGAUGUCUAGAAAGCUCUGGUCUGAUAAGGCCCCUAAUAACUGAUACAGGGUAUAUUUGUUUUUGCCCAGUGGGAGUGAGAUUUUUGGAGAGAAUGGAUCCUUGCCUUCUGGCUGAUCCAUAUGUGGUGUCAGGUUAGGUGGAGAAGAGUUUGGGGAAUGUUGGGUCGGUGAAAGUGACUCAAAUUUGAAUCGCGCUCCGCACCACGCGACUGGGGAGAAGAACUGUGACUUGCUUACCUCUCCAGAGCAGGGUGCCGUUGAAAGGAGUGAUAACUGGAGUGGCGUUAAGUAUUGAGGAGGUUCAACUGAAGUUGAAGAUUCCUGGUGUCUGUGACGCCCACCAUUUGGUGCAACACAGACCCGGUGGAGAGGGUGGUGGAACAGAGAAGACACUGUUUGUACUUCUGAGUUUUGAUGCAGAGUUUUUACCAGAAAAGCAGGUUGAGGUUGCCAGGAUCAGAGUAAUUCAGAAGGUGUCAUAUGCUGAGGCAUUGAAGGGAGUAGUAACCUCCCGAGUGGCGCAGUGGUCUAAGGCACUGCAUCGCAGUGCUAGCUGUGCCACUAGAGAUCCUGGUUCGAAUCCAGGCUCUGCUGUAGCCGGCCGCAACCGGGAGACCAAUGGGGCGGCGCACAAUUGGCCCAGCGUCGUCCAGGGUAGGGGAGGGAAUGGCCGGCAGGGAGGUAGCUCAGUUGGUAGAGCAUGGUGUUUGCAACGCCAGGGUUGUGGGUUUGAUUUCCACGGGGGGCCAGUAUGAAAAUAAAUAAAAAGAAUAAUGUAUGCACUAACUGUAAGUCGCUCUGGAUAAGAGCGUCUGCUAAAUUAUGUAAUGUAAAUGUAGAGGAAGAUGGGUCCACCCUUACGGAAAAUGAUUGCAGUCAAAGUGCAGUAUAACGGCAGUACACUGCAGUAUAACUGCAGUUAUUCUGAAAUUACUGCUUCCAAAAUACCACAGUCGACUGCACUUUUACUGCAGUUUCAAAACUGCAAUCUUUUUUUGUAAGGGCAGGGUGAGGGAUCCUAAGAGGAUCCCUGUGAGUAGGUCGAGGUCAAUAGAGAGUGAUAGGAAUAACGUGCUUUGGUAAGAUUGUUUUUUUGGCAUUCAUGGCCAUGGUUGUCAACUGAACCGCAGGAAUGGAAUGUAAAUCACAGAGGAUAGAUGUUGUGGUGGCAGCUGCAAAUAAGUACUUGAGCGUACGAGAUUUUACUGCAGAAGAGUUACAAGGUGUUUUGAACGAUAGUGUCCCGUACUCCCAGGCUGCUGGCCUGGUGCAGGAUCAGAUAGGACCAAAGUAGUGGAAUAGUGAUGAGGUUUUAAUGGGUGUAGGGUUAGUUGGUAGGGGAAUUUUUUCACAAAAUGUAAUGAAUUGUUACUACAGAAUAGUAGGCUGAUACACAGCCAAUACAGUAGAUGGCGGCAUGCACCUAUAACAUUUGUUUGCGGACCGCCAUAAUACCAAAGAAGAAGAUAACGUCAUCAUCCAGCGUCCGUUCAAAUCAGCGAUACUCUCCCCGAAUUUAAAAAGGGAAAUAUUAAUCCCAUUACUGUUAAACUAGACAAAUAAACCAGUUUAGAUGAUAGACAUGAUUGAGAAGGAGGAAUCGGGGGGGGGGGGGGGGUGUAACAGAGUUAGGUCAGAGGUAACCUAAAGUAGCAGGCGUAAAAUAAACACCUGAAACUACAUACUGGUCUUGAGGAGAAGGGGAAAAAACUGUUGGGGGAGGUUCUCUUUUGCACUGUCCAACCAAUCCAGUAAAUGUGGAGGAGGAGUUAAGAUGGAGCUUGGACUUUAACGUCCAAUAGCGGAAGUAGCGUCACAGGCUCUUUCUGUUCACCCUGAAAACCGUUCUAUACACUGAUCUUUACAGGAAACCUACUGAUCGUAACAGUUUGUUGAGGGCUGAUAGUUGUCAUCCGCUUCCCUUGAAAAACAGUUUGCCCUACAGCCAAUUCUGUCGAAUCAAAAUAAUUUGUAAAAAAACAAUCAGACUUCGACCGUAAUAUGGCUGAGACGCAAAGAAAAUUCAAGGAGAGGGGGUACAAAAAUGGUGAGAUUAAUACUGCCAUUGAGAAAAUUCAAAACAAAUCGAGACCUGAUCUCUUUCAAGGACAGUCUCGCAAAAAGAAGCAUUCUUGCGUUCUAACUACACGCUAUUCAAAGUGCUCUGAACAAAUUAAGGGAAUCGUUCACAAACAUUGGCACAUUCUAAGAUCCGAUGACAGUAUUGGUAAUGUGUUUUCAGACCCUCCCUUGGUUGUAUUCUCGCGGGGCAGAAAUCUCAGAGAUCAAUUGGUAAACUCUGAUUUACCACCCCUAAAUAUCCCUGCACAACAUCUAUUUGCACCUCUACCGGAUGGAAACUACAAGUGUAACGGCUGCGCUCAAUGCAAUGGCACUUACAAAUGUAGAUCCUUCAAACCCCCAAACAGGGAAACAGAUCCCAAUCAAAGGUGUUAUUACGUGCUCCACUAAGGCAGUUAUUUAUCUUAUAACUUGUCCUUGUGGUAAAAAUUAUGUGGGUAAAACAAAGCGCGAAUUAAAAAACCAUUAGGUGCAAAAACUCGACAUACCCAGUCGCUGCCCACUUUUUGGAAGCGAACCACUCGAUUUCUUCCCUACGUUAUAUCGGCAUCGAACAGGUCACCCUCCCUAGGAGAGGGGGUGACCUCGACAACUUAUUGUUAAAACGAGAGGCUGCCUGGAUCUUUAAUUUAAAGACCCUUGCUCCCUUCGGUCUCAACGUAGACUUUGAUUUGGAGCCAUUCUUGUGAUUUUGCUAUUCAUUGUAAAUGUUGUGGGCCUAUGUAGCCAAGUAUCUAUGAUCAUAUGCUAUCCAUGUUUUUUGUAUGUUGUUUUUAUCUGUGAAUUGGCCAAUGCUAUUAGGCCACACCCAGCCAUGAUUACAGACACCUGCGUGUGUCCUUUGACACUAUAUAAACUAGUGACCCGCAGUGUUUGUCAUUAUACCCUGAUGAAGACAGCUUGUCUGUCGAAACGUUGGUUAUUAGGAUAUUAAAUUAUUGCAUCUGAGCUCCUAGAGUGUGCGGCUUUCCUUUUCUUUUUCACCCUGAAAACCGGAACAUCCGGUUGUUGGGGACUCGGCAGAGGCAUGGUGAGAGGGAACCUUCCCAAGUAGGCUAAUGGUGGAGUGAAACGCUGAGAAAAUUGCAGGACAAUAUACAUUAAUUCUACAAACCACUAACUAUUUCUGCUCCCUUGCUUCUCAGGUGACGGAGGAGUUAUGCCGAGCCCAGUUCCUGAUUCCAGUGAGCACUCAAGGCCAGAACCGAGCACAGGCCUCCCUGGAGCGGGCCCAGUACCUCAACCCCAUGGUGGAGGUGAAGGCAGACACAGACAGGUUGGAGACCAAACCAGAUUAAUUCUUCCUUCAAUUUGAGGCAGUGAGUACAGUAGUGCAGGAUCGGCCUAGUGUCAAGAUUACUUUUGUUCAUUAUUUUGUUACCCUAAAUGGCCACUAGGUGGUGCGUUUACACCAUUCUUACUACAUGUUGCUCUGGGCAAAUCAAAUCAAAUUUUAUUGGUCACAUACAUAUAUUUAGCAGAUGUUAUUACGAGCGUAGGGAAAUGCUUGUGUUCCUAGCUCCAACAGUGCAGUAGUAUAUAACAAUUCACAACAAUACACACAUCUAAAAGUAAAAGAAUGGAAUGAAGAAAUAUAUCAAUAUUAGGACGAGCAAUGUCGGAGUGGCAUUGACAAAAUACAGUAGAAUAGAAUACAGUAUAUACAUAUGAGAUAAGUAAAGCAGUAUGUGAACAUUAUUAAAGUGGCCAGUGAUUCCAUGUCUAUGUAAACUCAGCAAAAAAAGAAACGUUCUCUCACUGUCAACUGCGUUUAUUUUCAGCAAACUUAACAUGUGUAAAUAUUUGUAUGAACAUAACAAGAUUCAACAACUGAGACAAACUGAACAAGUUCCACAGACAUGUGACUAACAUAAAUGGAAUAAUGUGUCCCUGAACAAAGGAGGGGUCAAAAUCAAAAGUAACAGUCAGUAUCUGGUGUGGCCACCAGCUGCAUUAAGUACUGCAGUGCAUCUCCUCCUCAUGGACUGCACCAGAUUUGCCAGUUCUUGCUGUGAGAUGUUACCCCACUCUUGCAAGUUCCCGAACAUUUCUGGGGGGGAAUGGCCCUAGCCCUCAUCCUCCGAUCCAACAGGUCCCAGACUUGCUCAAUGUGAUUGAGAUCCGGGCUCUUCGCUGGCCAUGGCAGAACACUGACAUUCCUGUCUUGCAGGAAAUCACGCACAGAACGAGCAGUAUGGCUGGUGACAUUGUCAUGCUGGAGGGUCAUGUCAGGAUGAGCCUGCAGGAAGGGUACCACAUGAGGGAGGAGGAUGUCUUCCCUGUAAUGCACAGCGUUGAGAUUGCCUGCAAUGACAACAAGCUCAGUCCAAUGAUACUGUGACACACUGCCCCAGACCAUGACGGACCCUCCACCUCCAAAUCAAUCCCGCUCCAGAGUACAGGCCUCGGUGUAACGCUCAUUCCUUCGACGAUAAACGCAAAUCCGACCAUCACCCCUGGUGAGACAAAACUGUGACUCGUCAGUGAAGAGCACUUUUUGCCAGUCCUGUCUGGUCCAGCGACGGUGAUGUCUGGUGAGGACCUGCCUUACAACAGGCCUACAAGCCCUCAGUCCAGCCUCUCUCAGCCUAUUGUGGACAGUCUGAGCACUGAUGGAGGGAUUGUGCGUUCCUGGUGUAACUCAGGCAGUUGUUGUUGCCAUCCUGUACCUGUCCCGCAGGUGUGAUGUCCCGCAGUGUUUAAACCCUUUACAAUGAAGAUCUGUGAAGUUAUUUGGGUUUUUGCGAAUUAUCUUUGAAAGACAGGGUCCUGAAAAGGGGACGUUUCUUUUUUUGCUGAGUUUCUAAGGUGCAGGGUUGAGUAGCCGGGUGGUAGCCGGCUAGUGAAGGCUAUUUAACAGUCUGAUGGCCUUGAGAUAGAAGCUGUUUUUCAGUCUCUCGGGUUUCAGCUUUGAUGCACCUGUACUGACCUCGCCUUCUGGAUGAUAGCGGUCCUGUGUAGCUCAGUUGGUAGUGCUUGCAAUGCCAGGGUUGUGGGUUCGAUUCCCACGGGGGGCCAGUAUGAAAAAUUUAUGCACUCACUAACUGUAAGGCGCUCUGGAUAAGUGCGUCUGCUAAAUUACUAAAAUGUAAAUGUAAUAGCGGGGUGAACAGGCCUUGACUCGGGUGGUUGAUCAUUUUGGCCUUCCUGUGACAUCGGGUGCUGUAGGUGUCCUGGAGGGCAGGCAGUGUACCCCUAGUGAUACGUUGGGAAGACUGUACCACCCUCUGCAGCAGACCAAUGCCAGUAUAGCACCUGUUUUGCACAGAUCUUUAUGUAUUUUUUCUGCAGAUUUAAGCCGUUUUUGAAUGAUGAUGAGUUCCAUUGCAUGUAGUUGCACUUUGUUCACGAAACUUAGUGAUAACAAGUGUUUUUCAUUGGAUAUCCCUGUUAAAAGGGAUACUUCAGGAUUUUGGCAAUGAAGCCCUUUAUCUACUUCCCCAGAGUCAGAUGAACUCAUGGAUAACAUGUGUAUGUUUCUGCAUUCAAUAUGAAGGAAGUUAGAGGUAGUUUCAUGAGCCAAUGCUAACUAGCGUUAGCGCAAUGACUGGAUGUCUAUGGUAUCUACUAGCAUGCUAGCAGUUACAAUAGACUUCCAGUAAUUGCGCUAACGCUAUUUAGCAACUUCCUUCAAACUGCACACAGAGACAUACAAAUUGUAUCCACAAGUUCAUCUGACUGGGGAAGUAGGUAAAGGGAUUCAUAAUAUGAUGCAUAUAAAUAUUAUUUAUACAUUGACGGAGUGAGGGAAUUGACAGGUGCCAGUAGGGAGAAAAAAUUACAAAAAAUAAAGACCCUCGAGUUUGGAGAUAAAUAUAUUUAUCUAACUUUUGUCUGAACAGCUAACAAGUAGAAACAUAGCUUUCCUGUGGCGUUUGGUUCCAGACACACUGCAAAGCAAGCUGUCUAAAGUGCUCUGCUCUGAAUCGUGUAGUGGUGGGGUUUUGAAGAGACUCUUCAUCAGAUGCUCAGGGAUUUUCAAAGCACAAACGAUCUGCUUCCCCAGUCUGUCUGUGGCGGAGAAACGGCGGAAGCGUCCCGGGGGGAGUGCUAAUGGAAGUUCAGGAGGAGGGGGAGGCGGAGUGGGCUUUGCUGUAGACUGGUAGCCUCUUUUAUCUGCUAGCUACGGAUAUGUCUUGUCUGUGUGGUGCAGCACUGGGAAACUGGAACUUGUUGAAAUUUGCUGCAAUACAUGACAAGGGGCUGCUCUUUUUAGUCACCGUGUUUUGGACUGAGGGAUUGAUAUGUCUGGAUUAUAGUUUUGAUCCCGAGAGAGUUUGCAGGUGUUUUUGUCUUUUAGAGAUAAUUUGAGGCAACAAUUCACACCCACAACAAACAAACAAACUCUCUCAUUUACUUCACUCAGCAUACUGGUAUACUCUCCCCAUUCUCACUCAUGUACUCUCAUUGAGUCUAUCAUAACCACUCAUUCUCUGCAUGUCUAUCACUUUACUUCUCCCUUCACCUCCUACCAGACCCAUUCUCCGUUGUUAGGUUCCAUUGUACAGAUAAGCUAUAUAACCCCCACCCCCUUUCCUUGCUUCCUUCUUUUCACUCCCUCUCUCCUUCGCCUCUCAAACAAUCCAGCUCAGUGUCCCUCUUCACAAAGUCCUUGCCGGAGGCCAUCGGGAGGAGGCGCCCGAGCUGCACGCCUCCUUCAAAGGGAGGGAGGAUCUGUGGAGAGACAGACCGACAGAUAGUACGGCUGGCCAGACUGCUAAAAAGCCCUGUCCCCUCUGGCCUGCCAGUGCCAGCACUCCCAGUUCCCACUGCCAAUCCCCUCUAAUGAACUACACCAGCAGCAGUAACUCAACAUGUCCAGCCAGGGUCUCCCUCAGUGUCUAUCGCCAGUGCCACAACACAGAGGGCUUGCCUUUUUGUAGCUGAUAACUAAAGCCAAUAGGACUUCCAUAGUAGUCUGUAAGGGUCCCCCUUCCCCCAUAAUACCUUCUUCCUGUUGAGGUGUGUGGUUUAAGGAAGAUCUCCAGUCCAUUUUUCAAUCAUCAAGCAUGCACCCGGCUUUGAUGAUUAGUCUAUCCAUCUUCAUUAGCUAAGGGCACAGCAAUUAAAAACAACUUCAACCAUGCAGUAACACGUCAAUAAGCUGCCCUUGGAAAAACACUGGCGCGUGUAGUGAAUUCGAUGCUGGCACCUCCCAACAUUGUGGUACUUUGUGUUCCGGGAGGGACCAGCGUGUACCACUCACCCAUGUCAGGGAUGCCACAGACAGAUGCCCGUCAGCUGCCAGACAGCCCCUUAUCUCUAGCCAAGUGUGGUGUGCUGAGUUUGGUCUGGAGGAUAAGAUGGACCCAGCCCAAGUGUCAGUUGUUUAUUAAGGCCAAUUCUCUUUUCCCACCCUGUUCAGAUAGAACAAACUAGUCGAUUCUUCGAUUUUGUUUACUUGAACAUGUUUUGUGUCAGAAGGACAGGGCGUCUGUUGUAGAAGCUGGUGGGUGUGAUGUUCAAGGGGGGUAACUGAAGGAGUAGGUUGUUGUUUAAGGAUGGCUAUGGUGGAGGUGUGUGUGUGUGUGUGUGUGUGCACGUAAAUGUAGAGUUAGGCCUACUUGUUCAUCAUCAAGUACUUUGUAAUCACAUUCCCUGCAAAGUCUCUCAAUGAACAUGUACACUGUAAUGCAAAAGUAUGUGGACACCCCUUCAAAUUAGUGGAUUCGGCUACUUCAGCCACACCCGUUGCUGACAGGUGUAUAAAAUCGAGCACACAGCCAUGCAAUUUCCAUAGAUAAGCAUUGGUGACGGAGCCACUUUCAAUGUGGCUCCGUCAUAGGAUGCCACCUUUAAAACAAGUCAGUUAGUCAAAUUUCUGCCCAGAUAGAGCUGCCCCAGUCAACUGUAAGUGCUGUUAUUGUGAAGUGGAAAGGUCUAGGAGCAACAACGGCUCAGCUGCGAAGUGAUAAGCCACACAAGCUCACAGAACGAGACUGCUGAGUGCUGAAGCGCGUAAAAAUCAUCUGUCCUCGGUUGCAACUCACUACCGAGUUCCAAACUGCUUCUGAAAGUAACGUCAGCACAAUAACUGUUUGUCGGGAGCUUCAUGAAAUGGCUUUCCAUGGCCGAGCAGCUGCACACAAGCCUAAGAUCACCAUGCGCAAUGCCAAGCAUCGGCUGAAGUGAUGUAUAGCUCGCUGCCAUUGGACUCUGGAGCAGUGGAAACGCGUUCUCUGGAGUGAUUAAUCACGCUUCACCAUCUGGCAGUCCGACGGACAAAUCUGGGUUUGGCGGAUGCCAGGAGAAUGCUACCUGCCCCAAUGCGUAGUGCCAACUGUAAAGUUUGGUGGAGGAGGAAUAAUGGUCUGGGGCUGUUUUUCAUGGUUCGCGCUAGGCCCCUUAGUUCCAGUGAAUGGAAAUCUUAACAUUACAGCAUACAAUGACAUUCUAGACGAUUCCGUGCUUCCAACGUUUUGGCAACAGUUUGGGGAAGGCCCUUUCCUGUUUCAGUAUGACAAUGCCCCCGUGCACAAAGCGAGGUCCAUACAGAAAUUGUUUUUCGAGAUCGGUGUGGAAGAACUUGACUGGCCUGCACAGAGCCCUGACCUCAACCCCAUCGAACACCUUUGGGAUGAAUUGGAACUCUGACUGCAAGCCAGGCCUAAUCGCAAAACAUCAGUGCCCGCAGCAAUGUUCCAACAUCUAGUGGAAAGCCUUCCCAGAAGAUUGGAGGCUGUUCUAGAAGCAAAUGGGGGACCAACUCCAUAUUAAUGCCCAUGAUUUUGGAAUGAGAUGUUCAAUGAGCAAAUGUCCACAUACUCUGGGUCAUGUAGUGUAGUUAGCACCAUGGGAGUUGUAGUUUUAGCUGCUCUCUCUGACUUUGUCCUGCCCUCCCUUAUUGCUCUCAGGUGUGUCUGACCGGCUGCUCCAGAGAUCUGAUGGUGCGCGUGGACCAACUCUGUGCCCAGCACAACAUCAAGGUCUUCUGUGGCGACGUCUUUGGUUACCAUGGAUACAUGUUCUCCGACCUUGGCCAGGAGCACAACUAUGUUGAGUAAGUGUUGUGUGUGUGAUUGUCUUGUGUCUGUUUAAUUUACUUGUCUUGAUUAAUCAUCAGUUAUACUUAUGCUCAUCUGUCCCUUGUUUUGAUGCCCCAUCCAGGGAGAAGCCCAAAGUAGUCAAGCCCAAAACAGAGGAGUCCAAUGAUGGACCUGAGGCCAAGAAUCCAAAGGUUGACCACCAUGAUCAAAAAGGUGAGCGCUGUAUAAAAAUAGCUCAAUUAGAGUUUUAUCAAUGUAUUGAAUGUUAUCCUCCUCCACAUCUAAUGAUGUCAUGUUCCUUGCCCUUUGGCGCUCUCUCUAUCCCUACUGAACAGACGGCCAGCUUCUGCUCCUUGAAAGUGGCUCUGGAAGUGGAUUGGACAAAUGAGAAGGCCAAGAGCAGCCUGACGCGCACCCCCGUGGACUACUUCCUGCUACAUGGUAGCUGCACCUUUCACAAAGCCAUUGGAUAUAAAUACCUAUUUGAUAAAAGAGAGUUAGAGCAGUAGCUGGCUGCCAUCACGUCUUUUUCUUUUGCCAUACGAAGCAGUGGCGCUAUAGAUUGAUGCCCUCUAUACGUGAGCGUCUGCAGCUCCAUUGAUAUCGCCCACCACCAUUCCUCCCUUCCUGUUUUGGUUGUUGUAGCAUUGCACCCUGUUCCUUCUAGUCUGAUUUGGUCCCUUUAAUAGCCUUCACCUGGUUUCAUAGACCCUCUUAACAUGGCUCUGUUUCCAUCACAGGCUCUCCUUGGCCAGUCGUGUGUGACUUUAGAACAGAGAAACAAACAGCUAGCCACCACCCACGACAUUAAUCCGCAAGGCUGCCUACUCUAGCCCCUGUUGUUGGCUAAUAUUAAUAUAACAGCCGGAAAGGAAAGAAUUUGUUUGUUUUUGUCGUUUUCAGAGGUGUCUUACAGUAUUUGGGUUUCUAUAAUUAGGUCUAGACAUAGUGGUAUCUCUCGACUGAGCUGCUCUUGAGGAAGUGGUGCUUCCUCUGUUACAGGCUGUGUUACAGCUCCUCUGUGUCCCAGGGGUCGGGGGUUAGCCUACUGUAUCCAACCGUAACCCCUCCAGAGGAAUGGAAGGCAGCACAGGCGUGGGGGCACAUUACUGUUUUCCCUCAACUUUGAUUUAGUUAAUAUAAUUUGAAUGUGUUGUUUUUGGUUCAUCCCUGUUUGAAUCUGAUCAAGGAUGUUCCAGACUACUCUUUUAAGACAAUGUUUACUUUGCACAGAUGUCUUUGUACACUUACAUAUUGUGCCAGUCUGUGGCAGAUUUUGAGAUAAUUCUAUGAAAUUCAGUGGGUGAGAGAAUAUUUAGUUGAGGGUGAUGAUUCAUGUGAUGAUGGUGAUUGAUGUUGGGUUUUUUAUGUGUGUAUGCGUGCGAGGUGUCAGUGUAGUGGAAAUAGCCGUGGGCGGACUGGGCUCCAUGAUGUGUUUGAUGGACAGCUAAAGAGAGGAAGUGAUGACACCUGUUUUAACACUGAGGGGGUGAGGAGAGCUGCCGGGCUUAAAGGGGGGUUUAGAACUUAAAACGUCUCAGUUGCAACGUACGUCCAUCUCGCUCCUUUUAUUAUAUCCCUUUUAGUAAUAUUCAGACUCCAAACCACAUCCUCCUCAUAUUGACACAUCUUCCCACAGUCUCACACAGGAUGGGUGUAGUACUGGUGGUGCGUGCUGACAGGACAAGGACAUGAGUCAUAGAUGUCUGAUCACGGCCCUGUCAAACUGAUCAAAAACUGCUCUUCAUUCAAAUGAAGAGGUUCGUUGGCGCAACACUUGUGGUACGUUGAUUGCCACUGUCAAUCGUCUGUGGUACAACACAGAUAAAGAUCUGAUUGCACACCGUUUCCACAAGAUGAUCAGUAUGUAAUUGGAAGUGUGUGUUUCAAUUUGUUUGACUUUUGUUUUGUUUUUGCCAGCCAGUGUCAUUCCAGCAAGUGAUAGAAUCACAACCCCACCAACAUUUCCACAGUAACAUAUUCUGUGUUGUAUGGAAAUGCAUCUCAGUAUAUGUAGCAACGUAACACAUCAAAUCAGAGCUUCUUCUGUGUGUCUUCUCUGGUUUCCAGCACUUCUCCACCACGUUCUAUUGUUCACUCUCUCUUCAUGUGUUCCUCUCUUCUUUCCCACAGUACUGCUGAAGUUCCGUACUGACAAAGGUCGUGACCCCCACCCACAAAGCUUUAAGGCAGAUGCCACGCUCCUGAGACAGAUCCGUGAUGACGCCCUGGAGGCCAUGGGGCUGAGUAGCGAGCUGCUGCCUCACGACUUUGUCAGGUGACUGGCUCAAUUCAACCCAGAUUCCACCACAUGGUGCAUCACUUGACAGCCUUUCACAUGUUAAGUUGGACUGUUAGUAAUACAGUGCAUUUGGAAAGUAUUCCACAUUUUGUUAUGUUACAGCCUUAUUCUAAAAUUGAAUAAAUUGUUUUUUUCUUCAUCAAUCUACACACAAUACCCCAUAAUGACAAAGAAAAAACAGGUUUUUAUUAAAAAUAAAUAACUUAAAUAUCACAUUUACAUACAGUGAGGGAAAAAAGUAUUUGAUCCCCUGCUGAUUUUGUACGUUUGCCCUCUGACAAAGACAUGAUCAGUCUAUAUAAUUUGAAUGGUAGGUUUAUUUGAACAGUGAGAGACAGAAUAACAACAAAAAAUCCAGAAAAACGCAUGUCAAAAAUGUUAUGAAUUGAUUUGCAUUUUAAUGAGGAAAAUAAGUAUUUGACCCCUCUGCAAAACAUGACUUAGUACUUGAUGGCAAAACUCUCGUUGGCAAUCACAGAGGUCAGAUGUUUCUUGUAGUUGGCCACCAGGUUUGCACACAUCUCAGGAGGGAUUUUGUUCCACUCCUCUUUGCAGAUCUUCUCCAAGUCAUUAAGGUUUCGAGCCUGACGUUUCCAGCCUUGUGUAGGUCUACAAUCUUGUCCUUGACAUCCUUGGAGAGCUCUUUGGUCUUGGCCAUGGUGGAGAGUUUGGAAUCUGAUUGAUUGCUUCUGUGGACAGGUGUCUUUUAUACAGGUAACAAACUGAGAUUAGGAGCACUCCCUUUAAGAGUGUGCUCCUAAUCUCAGCUCGUUACCUGUAUAAAAGACACCUGGGAGCCAGAAAUCUUUCUGAUUGAGAGGGGGUCAAAUACUUAUUUCCCUCAUUAAAAUACAAAUCAAUUUAUAAAAUGUUUGACAUGCGUUUUUCUGGAUUUUGUUGUUGUUAUUCUGUCUCUCACUGUUCAAAUAAACCUACCAUUAAAAUUAUGGACUGAUCAUGUCUUUGUCAGUGGGCAAACGUACAAAAUCAGCAGGGGAUCAAAUACUUUUUUCCCUCACUGUAAGUAUUCAGACCCUUUACUCAGUACUUUGUUGAGGUACCUUUGGCAGCGAUUACAGCAUCGAGUCUUCUUGGUUAUGACACUACGUAUGAUGCUACAAGCUUGGCACACCUGUAUUUGGGGACUUUCUCCCAUUCUUCUCUGCAGGUCCUCUCAAGCUCUGUCAGGUUGGAUGGGGAGCGUUGCUCCACAGUUAUUUUUAGGUCUUUCCAGAGAUGUUCGAUCAGGUUCAAGUCCAGGCUCUGGCUGGGCUACUCAAGGACACUUGUGCGUUGUCUUUGCUGUGUGCUUAGGGUCGUUGUCCUGUUGGAAGGUGAACCUUCACCCCAGUCCGAGGUCCUGAGCGCUAUGGAACAGGAUUUCAUCAAAGAUCUCUCUGUACUUUGCUCCAUUAAUCUUUCCCUUGAUCCUGACUAGUCUCCCAGUCCCUGCCGCUGAAAAACAUCCCCAUAGCAUGAUGCUGCCACCACCAUGCUUCACCGUAGGGAUGGUUCCAGGUUUCCUCCAGACGUGACGCUUGGCAUUCAGGCCAAAGUGUUCAAUCUUGGUUUCAUCAGACUAGAGAAUCUUGUUUCUCAUGUUCUGAGUCCUUUAGGUGCCUUUUGGCAAACUCCAAGCGGGCUGUCAUGUGCCUUUUACUGAGGAGUGGCUUCUGUCUGGCCACUCUACCAUAAAGGCCUGAUUGGUGGAGUGCUGCAGAGAUGGUUGUCCUUCUGGAAGGUUCUCCCAUCUCCACAGAGGAACUCUGGAGCUCUGUCAGAGUGACCAUCAGGUUCUUGGUCACAUCCCUGACCAAGGCCCUUCUUCCUCAAUUGCUCAGUUUGGCCGGGCUGCCAGCUCUAGGAAGAGUUUAGGUGGUUCCAAAUUGUUUCCAUUUAAGAAUGAUGGAGGCCAUUUUGUUCUUGGGGACCUUCAAUGCCACAGAAAUGUUUUGGUACCCUUCCCCAGAUCUGUGCCUCGGCACAAUCCUCUCUCGGAGCUCUGCGGACAAUUCCUUCGACCUCCUGGCUUGGUUUUGCUCUGACAUGCACUGUCAACUGUGGGACCUUAUAUAGACAGGUGUGUGCCUUUUCUAAUUCAUGUCCAAUUCAAUUUACCACAGGUGGACUUCAAUCAAGUUGUAGAAACAUCUCAAGGAUGAUCAAUGGAAACAGGAUGCACCUGAGCUCAAUUUCGAGUCUCAUAGCAAAGGGUCUGAAUACUUAUGUAAAUAAGGUUUUUUUUGUGUGUUUUUUUAAAUAGAGUUUUUGAUUUUUCAUUAUGGGGUAUUGUGUGUAGUUUGAGGGGGAAAAAAACAAUUGAUUGCAUGUUAGAAUAAGGCUGUAAUGUAACAAAAUUUGGAAAAAGGCAAGGGGUCUGAAAACUUUCCGAAUGCACUCUGUUUUUAGGGGUGUUGCAUCUGCCAGUGAUGGUAGUUAUUAGAUAUAUCAAAGAUCAUCUGUAACUGGCUGCUCCAUUCUGAGCUAUUUCAGUUUUUCAGAGUUAAGACAAUUGUUAAUUCAUCCUUAUGAACACGAAAGAGUUUGUGUAUUUCUGUUGGUGACACUCAUGUUGUGGUGUUGUGUCAUCAGAUACUGCUUCUCUGAGAUGGCCCCUGUGUGUGCUGUGGUGGGUGGCGUGCUGGGACAGGAGGUUGUCAAGGUUGGUUGUCAAGUUUUUUAAAUGUUAUUAUUGACUUUUCAUUAGUUUCUUUGACUUUACAUCAUUCAUACUCUACUGUCCAUCCUGGCUCUAAACUAGUGUGAACCACCACACAUUAGACUGUCUGUACCACAUUUACUGUUGUGCAGCUUUCACUGGGGAGAAAGAAACCAUGUUAUAUUUUGGGGAGGCAGAAAGCUAAACACUUGACAGCAGGCCACUCCACUUGAUUCUGGGUCCAAUCCAGAAAUACCCACUGAUAUGUUUCAGUACUGUGGGGCUUUUGGGAAGAUUUAGGUGGACAGUGUGGCUGUUUUGGGUAUGACCUGGGUAUUGGAGAAUAAGGGAAGUGUCACAGUCCUACCUGUGUUUGAGAGUUGAUGGAGCCAGGUAAGAAGAGGUAACGUCAGUCAGUACAGACAAACCUCUCAGCGGGAUGAUGGUACUGCGCCAGGCUGUCUGUCUCCACGAUAUGAUGUAAUGAUGAAACCGGAUGAAACGGCCUGCAACCGGCAGACAUCUCACUGGGUGAAGUCAAGCGAUCACGCAGCGGACAGUGCACCCCAUGCUCACGCAGUGGAGCGGACACUAGAGUACACCCCAUGCAUGCAAUGCAGGGAAAGCUGGUGAAGCUCCCACAGCAAAGCUGUCCUUAGCUAUUGUGGGCUUAGUUUGAGAGAUGGUCAGGUAGUGUGUGUGUGUGUGUGUGUUGUUGGCUGGUAUGUUUGUUUGUUUCUACAGGCUAUUUCCCAGAGAGACGCACCGCACAAGAACUUCUUCUUUGACGGUAUGAAGGGCAGCGGGGUGGUGGACUACUUUGGCCCAAGGUGAUCGACCAUAUUCCCACCAAUAGAGGUGUGUGCAUGGGACAUUAAGGACUACACUCACAUACUCAGUAACAGUUUUGAGUUCUGUCAUUCUUUUUUCAAGUCAGACUAUUUAUCAAUGUGUAACCAUUCACCUCAGCUGAAAGUUCAACAAGUGUUUCAACAGGCGAAAAGCAUUUGUCAUUAUACAUCAAUUUUUUUUAUACCUGCGCACACAACACACCUACUAGACGGUUUUUGCAGCAUACCUUUUUUGAAUUUUGAUUUUUUUUGUUUGCUAUUGUUAGACUGUCCAUUUAUGUUUCUAGCACACAGAGGGAUUUUUACAUUUUGUAAUAAAAAAUAUUGUGAACAAAAUGAUUAGCCUUUGAGGGGUUAUCUGGAAAUUCAAAGUAGUGACUCAAUGGUUGUGUAGCGGUGGAUCAUAUAGGUUCAAAUUAGUGGAUAUACGGCCAGCGACCUGCUGUUAAUUCAGUGCAUGAUGUCAUGCCGUAUGUGGAUGAAAGAGCAGGUAUCAGUGCCCUGCAGCACAAAACAAAGGGAUUGUUCCAGAUGCUUCCAAGACAUGCCAAACAGGCCUAUCAUGAGCAUGAUAGUUUCCUCUUCAGUCACCCAAACGGGAUCUCUCCCUCCAUCAGCGGCAGGUGGAUGGACCUGUAGAACUGGUCUGUACAUGGAGGGAGUGGCAACCCCCUAGACAGAGUGCCCCGUGUACAUCAGAUAAAUUAGUGGUGAGCUUUUGACAUUGACACUUGACUGACUUCUGAUUUACAUUGGUAGUUUAGCAGACACUCUUAUCCAAAGCGACGUACAGUAGUGAGUGGAUACAUUUUCAUACUGUGAGAAAUGACAACGUGCAUUGUGAAACUGUCAAUGUAAAGGAUGGUUCUUCCCCAAAAAGUGUUUUUGUCCUUGACAAUAAAACUGUACAUGCAGAGAUGUGUCUUCUCAAGCCAGGCACAAAGCAGCAUGAAAUUCCACAUAGUUUAUCAUGUUUGUUUGUGUGUCUGUUUGUGAUGUAUUGAAGAAAGAACGGGGAGGGGGAAAGCACCUUGUUUUUCGCCUGCAGCGGGGAUUCGUGAAAAGGAAAACAGCCAGAGCCUUGAAAUGAAACCAUGACUGAUUAAGCCCCAUAAGGAGUCACUGCUCUUUUCCAGGGAUUAGGAAAAUGCAGGAUUAAUUACGGACAUCGCUUUAAGCCCAUCCUUUUAAUUAAAGCACAUCUCUUAUCUCCUCUCCCUGACCACCCCACCCAUCCCCCAUCUCCCACUCUUAAAAAAAAAAAAAAGCUACCCCCUCCAGCACUGUGGUGUGGUCAUUCAUUUUGUAAAGACCCCAGACUGAGCAGCAAAGAUCCAAGCGGUCAUUCCAGACACCAAUCACAAUGGGGAACUCAUUCCGCCGCUGACAUGGAGGCUUUCCAUUGGUUCAUAUGUGGCACAAAGUGCAGGUGAGGACCUCUGGUCCAGAUGUUGACUCAUUCCAAAGCGUCUUGACGGCGUGUUCAACAGGGGGGGUCUUAUUGAUUAUAAGUAGGUGUCAUUCUUCUUGUUUUGGAGACAAUGUGCAAUCUAGGCCAUGUUUAGAAUUACGAGAACAACAAAGCCUUCCUGAAUAGAGGACAGCCUACAGUACAACAAUCUCAAAACAUUCCCACAUAAUGUCAUUAGCAGCAAACAUCAGAGCUGUGUAGUUACUGAAGAUGUGUUCAUGUUAUCUGGUAAUCCCCUACAUGUUCUCCAUUUACUGUAUGUAGCGUGUCUGUUUGUCAAGCACCUCCAGUCCAGACCACCACACUGACCAUCACACGCUAGCCAGAGUUGCGUCACAGUCCCCCAUUCAUCCACCACCAGGAAUCAGGUGACUGACUACAAAGAGUCAUUGGUGUGAUAAGAUCUUACCAGUAUAAUACGGUACCAGAAACAGGAGACUAGUAAAAUAAUGUAACCUGAGAUUGUUCUUUAAUCCAGGGCCAUGAGAAUAAAGUACUUGUGAACCAACAAAAGUAAUUGUAUUAACAUUACGCUGCAAAGGGUCACUCAAUUUUAUCACAGACAAUCAUAUCAUUCUAUUAUAGUCUUUAUUUUAAAGGUCCAACGCAGCCAUUUUUAUCUAUCAAAUCACUUCUGGGUAACAAUUAAGUACCUUACUGUGAUUCUUUUCAAAAAGAAACAGAAAUAGCAUCUUAGCAAAGAGCAAUUUCUCAAGCAAAGGUUUUGCUAGGACUGUCUGGGAGUGGUCUGAGUCGGGAGGUGAAAACUAGUUGUUAUUGGCAAGUAGGUUUGGAACUAUUUUUCUUAUUGGUCUAUUAACUAAUUUACCGCCUGGUGAUGUCACCUGGCAGGCAAAAUAUCUGUCACACCAAAACAGGCAGAAAUUUCAGCCGUCUUUUCAAACAGCUCUUAAACUAAAAGGGCAUUAUCAUAAUUUUCACAAUUUCAGAGUAUUAUUCCAACCUCAUAGUGUGGAAAUAUACAUAAAACACAGGGAAAUCACAUUUUUGACUGCACAGGGCCUUUUAAUAAAAAUCAUAAUCUGAUAAUCUUACUCAAAAAUACAUGCCAGAACAAGUGAAUAGAUUUCAUAUCUUUAUUGUAAAAAAAGGAAAAAAUCUGUACAAAAAAUUCAUGUAGAAAGUUCAUUAAAGAAAAGUCAAAAACAGCAAAUUUACACUGCAUGAAACUGAGAUUGAGAUUACAAAAAAAUGUGGCGCUACUUUACAGUACCUUCAGUAGCGCCGUCCCUCUGUGAGGGACUGCAUUGGGGAAUGGAACCACAAGAAGUCACACAGUCGCCACAGGAAGUGGACCACACCACAGGAUGUCAUGAGCCAGUCACAGGAAAUGAACUACACAUGCUCAGAACGCUAUGGGGACGCCCAGUCGCACACAGAAAAAAAGUGGUUGGGUAUUCUCACAGGUUCUUUGCUAACAAGUGUAAUGACAUUGCAGAAAGGGGCUUAAAAAAAAAAAAAGCCCUGAACUGAAAACAAAGCAGAGACUGCAGAAAUGUUAAGGCCAUGUAAGUGAUACAGUAUGGCAACACACAGAAAAUAGUAUGAUCACAGUUGUAUCCAUCAGAACUUCUAUUUAAGGUUUACAUGGCAAGUUGGGACUGUAUUAACCUCUUGGGUUCAAGGUUAAACUGUUGGCUACAGUGAAGUCUCAGUUUCUCCCACUUGACAUGCAAACGUUCUCAACCGAUUUCCAUCACUACAUUGCUUGUUGUUGCGACCUCUUUCUAGACAUUUAGACAAACUUUGUUCCUCAUUGUAAUGCUUUGGAAUGAUAGGGAGUAAGUUGGUUUACAAAAAUGGUAUGUCUUUCUUAAAAGGCCUGCUUUCCUGGACGCAUUGAAAUCAAACUUUGUGUAUAAACUGGCUAUGGAAACAGUCAUACGGCGCCACUUUUAAAUGGAAUGCCUUUGCAAAGACCGAUAACUCUAACACAGUUGACGGUUCACCCUUCGUGUAACUGGGGAUGAACUGACUUUGGUCCAGUUAGUCCAGUCUAUUGUCAUAUUUAUCUCUAAGCUUUUUCAAUCCUCAUUUUAUGGGUUCUUGGCUUUCUAAUACAUUUUGUAAUCAUCUUUUAUUAGGAAUGAAAAGUAAAAAAUAACUUAAUUAUAUCACAAAUUUUUUGAAAACAAAAUGCUACAAAACGUGGCUACCGUCAAGCUAAAUGAAGGUCUUCAGUUUCUUCUCCCAAACUACAAUACAUGUAUCGUACAAUUGAGGGGCAAUUUGAUCAUCAUUUGAUCAUCUUUAUUAAUCAUGAAAAGAUUAAAAUCCAAAUAAUGUUUUAACCAGAAAUACCAUCUCAAAUCCACUGGAUUUAAAUACACUAACUGCUUCCAACUGUUGGUCCAAAGACAAAAAAAACUGCACACAUGGCAGAUUUCAAACACAAACAGAGAACUUACGAUUUAAGUACCUUUAAAGCUCAUUGAAUCUCAUCCAAUGACAACAGGUCUUCAGACAGAGAAAUAGCCAUGAUGGCUUAUUACUGUCUCCACCUCCAAACCAUGCCAUCAUCUCCCAAAACAAAUAUAUACAAACAAUUUAACACUGUUAAUAAUAGUGGGAUUGUACGACAGUGCUACAUCUCAACUCAGAGCCUCUAACAGAGGUGAUGGUCUGGUAACUGGCGCAUAGUGUUCAGUCCCUGUGUGUGUGUGUGUGUGUGUGUGUGUGUGCGUAAGGAAUGUGUGUGUGAGGGUGUCAACCACUGCUCCAUCCAAGGUCCCACACACCAACCACUGAUUGUCCUGGUGAUAAGAGUAGGCCAUUCUGGAGGGAGCGAUAGAAAGCACAUAAAUUACAAUGAAAUGUAUUCAGAUUUGAAGGGAAGAGUAGCAUACAUAUGAAUUGAUAUACUCCACUACACUUAGAAAAAAAGGUGCUAUCUAGAACCUAAAAGGGUUCUUCGGCUGUCCCCAUAGGAGAACCCUUUGAAGAACCCUUCUUGGUUCCAGGUAGAACCCUUCUUGGUUCCAGGUAGAACCCUUCUUGGUUCCAGGUAGAACCCUUUUGGGUUCUAUGUAGAACCCUUUCCACAGAGGGUUAUACAUGGAACGCAAAAGGGUUCUACCUUGAACCAAAAAGGGUUCUCCUAUGGGGACAGCCGAAGAACCCUUUUGGAACCCUUUUUUCUAAGAGUGUACUUGCAUUUUUUACCAAGUCUAGUUGGUCCUGUCUGAAACUAUAGGCCGACCUCUUGGAGUGAGGAAACAUCCUAGUGCUAGACAGUAAUGAUUGUAUGAGGCAAGUGUGUCUAUACAGCAGAUCCCAUAUACUAUAUCGCUAUAACUUAUCACAGAAGUAAGCUUAGCUCAUCCAGUGAUAUAAACUGAUUAUUAUUCAGGCCAUAGUGUGACUUACAGGGGAUUCUACACGGGCCCCUCAGUACCCGCAUCAAGCCACACUGUCAAGGGCAGUUGAGUUACUCAUUCUACCGUAGCCUCAAUUGGAAGAAGUUGUACACACAUACAUGAGCCAUAGUCUCUUCACCAAGUAAAGCCCUCGCGUCGCCACCACAACCAGCACAGCAUCACUGUGCUUCACAGUUUACAAGGAAGGGUAAGAACACACACAAGCCCACACAGUCUGGGAGACCCACCUGGGUCAGAAUGCUACAUCAAGAGCAGUCCCAAAGAGAGAUUGAAAAAAUAUAUAUAUAUACAUAAGAUGUACAAAAGAGACAAAACAAAAGGGGUCCAUCCGUUCCAGCGGACUGAGUCCAUUCUGAAGCAGUCUGUGAUUAGUCCAGUAGGGAGCUCUGGCGCAUCCAAUCCCGAUCCAGAGUCAGUUUAUCUCAGUCGGUGCAGAGUGCUGAGGGUAUCCGAGAGGAAAUUGAGGACUCCUAG